GACGCCUAGCACAGACGGUUUCAAAGGAUGAAGCGGCUAACAACGCACAGCAGCGACGGGUUCGUCUAUUGCUACAACAGCCUGUACAGGCUGUUAUUUUAUUGGGGAGUGAUUACGUUCCGGCUGCACAAUCAGCGCGACGGCGGACCAAGAUCAACUCCACUGCGGGUUCUCUAUGCGUUGAGUGUGCGCUUUGGCCUGGUCUUCGGUUUUGGAGCCGGCAUCUACCUAAAGGUGAGCGAUGCGCAAAUGUCGGGGGCUAUGUUCAGCCACAUGUCGCCCGUAGUCAAGAUCAUCUUCACCUGGGAGAGUCUCGCUUGCAUCAUAACGUACGUGGAGCUCUGUGUGUCGCUGGACACGCAUCGCAGCCGUCAUAUAAGGAUGCUGGCCAGCAUGCAGCUCCUGGACACGCAAAUCUCUGCACAGUUUCCGCAUGUACGCUGGCGCUAUCAUCUCACACGAUCCAAGUACUGGUACGGCUCAGUCGGGGUAUCCUGUGGCUAUGUCUUGCUUUCGCUCGCCAUCAUGUUUGAUACGACGCGCUGCAGCUGCGGCUAUGUGUCCACGAUACUCAUCGCAAGCACUUACUCGUUGCUGACAAGCACACUUGGCUUGAUGGGCUUUAUACACGUUGCCCUAAUGGACUACCUGCGCAUACGCUUUCGCCUCAUUAUAAAGCUGGUCGAGCAGCUCUACAAGGCGGCGGAUAAGCACAAACAGGAUGAGCUCCAGCAGCGCAUUGACCAGCUUAUUGACUUUGCCAAGCGCUGCUCCCAGCUGCUAACCGAGAUGAAUGGGGUCUGUGGAUACGUUGCCGCCGCGGGCAUCUUCUACGACUUUGCUCACAUGACCUGCUUUGUGUAUGUGCUUUGUCAGAAAUUACUCCGCAUCGAGCCGUGGGACACGCAAUAUGCAUUUAUAUCCCUGCAUCUGGGAGUUCACAUCUACAAGGUGCUCAUCACCAGCAUCUACGGCUACCUUCUGCAACGCGAGAAACGCAACUGCAUGCGUCUGCUCAGUAACUACGCUGAGCAUUUUGGCAACCAGGCAACACAUAAAGAUCAGGUUGAAUGCUUUCUCUACUGGCGGAUGCACAAUAACCACAUUGCCACCAUAGGCACGAGUUUCCCGUGCAAUAUAUCCCUGAUAUACCUGGUUCUUAACGCCAUGGCUAAUUACGUAAUAGUUCUGGUGCAAUUGCUUUUCCAGCUUCAAGAUAAAAAACAAGGUCAGGCGAUUCCAAUACCCAAAGAUGUGGAGUUAUUAAAGCCUAUCGAUCAAAUAACUCAUCUUAGUGAGGUUUUGUAA